AUGCUGGAAGACCCUGCUAUUUCUGCGCCUUACAUGGUGGUGGAGUUGCUGAUCGCCAUCUUCUCAGUGCUUGGCAAUGUACUGGUCUGCUGGGCCGUGUUCAUCAACAGCAACCUGCAGAACAACACUAACUUCUUUGUGGUGUCGUUGGCCGUGGCCGACAUCGCAGUGGGAGUCCUGGCUAUUCCGUUCGCCAUCGUCAUCAGCAUCGGCUUUUGCUCCAAGUUCUACGGGUGUCUCUUUAUCGCCUGCUUCGUGCUCAUCCUCACCCAGAGCUCCAUUUUCAGCCUGCUGGCCAUCGCCAUGGACCGCUACAUUGCAAUCAAGCUACCUCUCAGGUAUAACAGCCUGGUGACGGGCCAGCGCGCACAGUGCAUCAUCGCCGUCUGCUGGGUUCUCUCUAUCGUCAUUGGCCUCACCCCAAUGAUGGGCUGGCACAAGAUAUCCCAAAAAGAAACCGGCAACUGCCCACCGGGACUCAUGACGUGCCUCUUUGAGGAGGUGGUGGUCAUGGAUUAUAUGGUGUACUUUAAUUUUUUUGCCUGCGUCAUGAUCCCCCUGCUGCUGAUGCUAGCCAUCUACCUGUGUAUAUUUAUGGCGGCUCGUCGCCAGCUCAAGCUCAUUGAGGUCAAGGCGGUUCAUGGGGAAAAGUCACGCUCCACGCUCCAAAAAGAGGUCCAAGCCGCCAAAUCUCUUGCCAUCAUUGUGGGACUGUUUGCUGUCUGUUGGCUGCCCUUGCACAUCAUCAACUGUUUCACUCUUUUCUGCCCCAAGUGUCAGCGUCCGCCGCUGUUAGUCUUGUACGUGGCCAUCAUCCUGUCGCACGGCAACUCUGUGGUCAACCCUUUCAUCUACGCUUACCGCAUCCGUGAGUUCCGGCAAACCUUCCGAAAAAUAAUACGGCGUCACAUUUUAGGUCGGCAGGAACUGCCGGAGGGAAACACCUGUAAUCGCAACUCACUUCACAGCAGCUUCACCGACUCCAUCAGGCUCAAGGCCAAUGGCCUCAGCUUCGACUUUGGCGCUGAGCGUGGCGAUUCCGAAAACUCCGCUCGUGUCUCUCCUGUAGGGGGCGGUUUGUUGGCGGCAUCCCAAACCCCCCUGUCACUCGUUGUCCCCAAUGGUCCUAAAGUGGAUGCCGUCAGACUGACUCAAACACAUGUCUGUCAUGGCGGACUGUAUUUGGUGCCAUCAGAGGGUGUGGAAGUAAAUAAACCACAGAACCAGCGCCCCAUCCAGGAGCAACCAACGAUAAACAGGCAGAAAAGGGGAAGUAGUCCGAGUGAGCUGAUGUCUUGA